AAUUAGGAAUAGCAUCUGGAUAAAUAAUAAAAUUUAAUUAAUUAUAGCAUAUGCGACUACCCGAUCAACAAAUUAGACAGCUGUCAAAUUAUCAUUGGUUUAUCAAUCCUUCCCCACUCUCUGUUUUGUUUUUUCUUCAGAAUCUUUCUUCUCGCCUUAAAUUUACACUUUCAUUUUCUAUUUUUUUCAUCUUUCAAAGUCCACAUUUUCUAUCCUACCAAGCAUCUUUUUCCCUUGUAUAUAUAUAUAUACACACACAUAUAUACUCGGUGUCGUAUAAUAUUUGUUAAUACAGCGACUUCUCCAGAACUGUUUCUCAUUUUCUCUCGUUUUUUCCUCUUUAACGUAACGAGAACAGGUAGAACAAACAAAGAAAGAUCUGAGGUUUUUCUUUAGAGAUUUAUCAAAUGGGUUCGAUUCCAUCGGAGCUGAGUUUGGAUUUCAGAGCAAGUUAUGUCCCGAAAUCGAUCCAUGAAUUUCUCAACGAGGUUUCAACCAUCGAAAAUGUACCCGAGAGGGCCUCGAAGCUCGGUGAUUUCGUCCGAAGAUUGGAAGAGGAAAUGAAGAAGAUCGACGCAUUCAAACGCGAGCUUCCUCUAUGCAUGAUUUUGUUAAGUGACGCUAUUCUAACUCUGAAAAAGGAGUCAUCCCAAUGUGCAGUGACAACAAAUCCUCAGCCAGUGCUCGAGGAGUUUAUACCAAUGAAGAAGGAUUGUGAAGAAGAAGAUGAAGAACGCGAAGAACAUAAGAAAAACAAAAAUGAAAAAGACUCGAGGGAUAAAAAGAACUGGAUGAGCUCUGUUCAGCUGUGGAAUACAGAUGAUAUAUCCAGUGGUGAUCAUUUAAACAAGAAUUCGAAGCAAAAUUCCAUGACUCAAACUAAGAUGAAUGAUGAGAAGAUUCUGAAAAAUGAAGACCCAUUUCCGAGCUGUAGAAAUAGGAGUUCAGAGAGGUCUUUUGCACCGUUUAUUAAGCCGUAUUCUGGUUUUUUGGUGAGGAAAGAAGAGAAAGAUGAGUUUUCGAUUCCAGGGCUUUCAUUGCUCACUCCGGGCUUGAAGAAUCCCAAGGAGGAAUCGGGUUGCGGCAAUGCUAGAUCCAAUUCUGGUCGAGCUGUCUCUUCCUCGCCAGCUAAUGUUCAUUCGAAUUUGAGAAUUGGGUCCCAGCAGACUGCUCGGAAACAGAGAAGGUGUUGGUCACCUGAGUUGCACAGGCGAUUCGUCAAUGCCUUGCAGCAACUCGGAGGUUCACAAGUGGCCACCCCUAAACAAAUUAGAGAACUCAUGCAAGUAGAUGGUCUGACCAAUGAUGAAGUGAAGAGUCAUUUGCAAAAAUAUAGACUUCACACAAGGAGAGUUCCAUCAGGCACAUCAGCCCCUGCAAACCAAUCCGUUGUUGUUUUAGGUGGCUUAUGGUUGGGCCAAGAUCAAUAUGGCGAUUCUUCAAAAGCUAGUAGUUCACAGUCAGGUUCUCCCCAAGGACCCCUCCAGUUAGCUGCAACGAGAGGUGGAAGCCCCACUACAGGGGAUGAAGAUAGCAUGCAAGAUGAUGAUGAUGAUGAUGAUGCUAAAUCUGAAGGCUUUAGCUGGAAAAAUCACCUUCAUAAACCCUUGAAAGAUGAUGUACAUAGAGUGUGAAAGUAUAAUCACGAAGAGAAUUUUGCAGAUAACAAUAUAUUAUACCAUUGGAUAAGAAAAAUAAUACAACAGCAUAUAAAAAAGACCUUGAGUCUUUUGAUAAUAGAGUGAGAGAAGAGAGAGAGAGCGGCUAUUAAAAUUUUGCAGGAUUAGUUUAAGAUGAGUUUUUUUUUUCUUCUUUUAUGGAGUUAGUAUAAGAACUCUUUUACCUAGCAUUGCUAUUUUAUUUUAUUUUUGGUUCUUA